CCUAUUCUCUUUCCCCUCAGCCAAACCACAUCUGCUCCAUCCAUUACUACAUAAACCCUAAGCCAUGCAUUGCUACCUACAUCAAACUCACCACCUUAUAGCUGUCUCCUUUCUACUCCCAUUUCCAAACAAAACCCAUGGCUUCCUUCAAAUCACUUAUUUCAUUAUUAACGCUGCUGACUCCUCUUGCUAUAAGCUCUUUAAUAUUUGCCUCUGCUGGUAACUUUAACCAGGAAUUUGAGAUUACAUGGGGAGACGGUCGAGCUAAGAUACUCAACAAUGGCGAGCUUCUCAUUCUUUCACUUGACAUAGUCUCUGGCUCUGCAUUCGAAUCCAAAAAUGAGUAUUUGUUCGGCAAGAUUGACAUGCAGAUCAAGCUUGUCCCUGGAAACUCUGCUGGCACUGUCACAGCCUACUAUUUAUCAUCAAAAGGAUCAGCAUGGGAUGAGAUAGAUUUUGAGUUCUUGGGUAACUUGACUGGAGACCCUUACAUUCUUCACACCAAUGUCUUUAGCCAAGGCAAAGGCAACAGAGAGCAAAAAUUCUACCUCUGGUUUGACCCAACGGCUGACUUUCACACCUAUUCCAUCCUCUGGAAUCCACAUUGCAUAAUUUUCUCUGUGGAUGGUCCAAUUAGAGAGUUCAAGAACUUGGAAUCAAUUGGUGUUCCUUUUCCAAAGCACCAACCAAUGAGGAUACACUCUAGCCUCUGGAAUGCGGAUGAUUGGGCCACAAGGGGUGGACUUAUCAAAACAGAUUGGAGUAGUGCUCCUUUCACUGCUUCAUACAGGAAUUUCACUGCCGAUAACGCUUGUGUUUGGUCAUCAAAUGGAGAAUCUUCAUGCAAAUCUUCACCAUCACAAAGUAAUGCAUGGCUAUCAGAAGAGCUCGAUUCAAUUAGGAAGAAGAGGCUUAGCUGGGUCCAAAACAACUACAUGAUCUAUAAUUACUGCACUGACGGAAAGCGAUUUCCCCAGGGUUUCCCUGUUGAAUGCAAAUCUUAACUGAUGUGUUUUCAUGUAGCAAUUAUUUUGAUUUAAU